AUGACCCCGUUUCAGGCCUUAUAUGGUUAUACUCCACCACACAUGGCUUUUCCAGUGCAGGUUACUACUUCUGUUGCAGCAGUGCAAGAUUACCUCCAAGCAAGAGAUCACAUGCUGCAGUUACUCAAGGAAUAUUUAUUACAUUCUCAGCACAGGAUGAAACACUUUGCUGAUCUCAAAAGAAUUAACAGAUCUUUUUUUGUUGGUGACUUGGUAUUUUUGAAAAUACAGCCUCACAGACAGUCUUCAGUUGCCCUCAGAACAAAUAUGAAGCUUGCUGCAAAAUACUUUGGUCCCUUUGAAGUAGUGCAAAGAAUUGGUGAUGUUGCUUACAAACUGAAGCUGCUUGUUGGUUCCAGAAUACAUCAUGUGUUUCAUGUGUCCCAACUAAAGAAUAAAAUUGGUCAACACCUACUUCCUUCUCUUGCAUUGCCACUGGUGCAUAGUGCUGGUACAUUUAUUAUUACCCCAAUUGUUGUGCUGGAUUCCAGAUAUCUCAUCAGAGAUGCCACUACUGUGCCUUAA